CUCGCUUUCGGUAAUUGCGGCACGGCCCCCGCGCCCCAGCGCCGCCCGAGGACGGCCCCGGAUCGCGGUGUCGGGGCUCCCCCUUCCCCCGGCCUCCUCCAGCUGCGCCCCUGCGGAUCACCUAUAACCGCAACCACAGCCAUUUUGUUGUCCAAAUACUCCCUAAUCCGUGUGUGAGUACAGGCUUCGUCUGUUUGCAGCUGGGUUUGCUCUUGUUUUGGUGUUCUAGGCUACGGCACAGCAGCUCUGCGCUCACAGGUCCCGCUCCUCUCAAAUAAUACCGAGGUUUUCAUCUCCAUGUACCUAACUUAUGGGACGUACACGCUUUUCAUUUAAUCCUAGGGCUGUGUCAUUCUUCGUUUAUUUCUCCAUUGAGCCCAUACAGGAAGCAGACAUGUUGAAAUCGCAGAAGAAAGCAAGCCUGUUCGUCUUGUAUUUCUGGCUGGAAGUGGAGUGCAAGAAAUCAGUUGUGUCUCGUCUAUUGUACAGGGAAGUCGCUUGUAGCUCCUCGCAUCGAUGUGCUAACUUCGCAAGGACCUUUGUCCUGGUUGUUACCACUGGAAACCCUGUCCUGGAUUAUGAAACUAUGCCAAAGAGCUUUGAUUUACAGAUUUUCGUUGAAGACACGGCUGGGAGAACCGACCUUAAUGUACUGACUGUCCAUGUAACAGAUAAAAACGAACGUCCUGUAUUUCGAGGAAAUAUGGCAAUUCAAACUCAAGACUGGCGAUAUGUGAAGAUCAGUCUUUCUCCAGAAAGCACAACUCAUAUUGCAGCUCACAGUGACGGCUGCCUGUUUACAGCUGUGACAAUCUAUGUCUUGGAACGAACACCUCUGGGACGCAUUUACCAAGUUGAUGCAGCUGAUCCUGAGAAAGCUGAACUCAAAUAUUCACUGCUCCCUGCAACAGUGCCAUUCCUCAUCUUGGAAAGCGGAGCCAUUUUUUCCACAAAAGAGUUUGAUUAUGAGAAAGAUCCACACAGUUACUUUUUAAAUAUAACAGUGACAGAUCCAGGCGGGCUGAACUCAACUAAAACAGUGAAUAUAAAGAUAAUUAACAUCAACGAUGAAGUACCUUACUUUACCACCAAACAAAGAAUCUACAGGAUUCCAGAGGAGCAAAGCCCGGGCACCAUCAUUGCCAAUAUAACAGCUAGAGAUCCUGAUGAUGAAGGCUCUCCCAGCCGGCUUUUCUACAGCAUCCAGUCUUCUGACAGAUAUUUCUCCAUAAAUCCAGCGACUGGAGUGUUGCACGUGACUGGGAGGAUCGACCGAGAUGCCCUUCCACUGCAGCGCCAUCCUAACAUUUCAGUGAUAGUCCGGGUGGAAGACAGUCCCAGUGGCGGUCACGCCAGUGAAAUGGAGAUCACAAUCAUGGUUGAGGAUAUCAAUGACAACCCACCAGAAUGCAAUCCUUUUACCUUCAGGAGAGAGGCAAAUGAAAAUACAGCUCCUGGGACAUUUCUUCUUGAUCUUAGAAAUUACUGUAAAGAUAUUGAUGUUGAUCCAUCAAACAAUCAAUUUAAUUUCACUGGAUUAUCUGGUUUUGGAAGCAAUAACUUCGCUCUGGAGUCCACUGCAUCUGGAAGACUUGUGAUGACUGAAAGUAUUGAUUUAGAAAACCCAGCUAAUCUAGGAGUUGAAGUUUAUUCUUUGACUGUCAGGGUGCAAGAUAUCGCCUGCCCUAACUACUCAAAUAUGAUCUACAUUUACAUCAGGAUAAAGCCAGUGAAUGAAUUUUUUCCAGUCUUCAGUAAUUUAUCAUACGAAUUUAAUGUCCCAGAAAUUACUAAAGUUGGAUCCAGCAUUGGAAGAGUGAAUGCCAGAGACAAGGACCGGCCACCCAGUGUCAUCACUUACUCCAUUGUAGCCGGAGGAGGCACCAGGGAUUACACAAAUAUCUUCUGGAUCAGCCCAACCAAAGGAGAUGUGAAGAUUUUAGCUAGAUUAGACUAUGAAACAACUCAGAAACACAUUCUCACAGUACAGGCCUCAGACCAAGAGAAGUCUGCAACAGCAUCUGUAACUGUCAAUGUUUUGGAAGUAAAUGAUGAAGAACCCGUUUGUUCACCCAAUUUCUAUUCAUUUCAAAUCCCAGUCAGCUUAGCUGUUGGGACCAAUAUCAAUGGCUUCAGGAUUGAAUGUCAGGAUCGUGAUUCUGAUCCCAGGUCUUUCCGUUACUUCAUUAAUGAAGGCAACGUGAACAAUCAUUUCACCUUUUCACCAAGCGCUGGCUCCAACUCGUCUCGGCUGAUUCUUGCAUCGAGGUUCAACUAUGAGAGCGGAUUUGAUACAAACUGGAUUUACAGACUGCACGUCUUUAUAACAGAUGACAAUUUACUAUCUGCCAGGGACAAAGCUACACGCCUAGUUAAAACUGGAACAGUGACUUUAAGCAUCAGAGUUAUCCCAAACCCAACUACUGUCAUUGCUACAAGGCCUGGCUUCACUGUUGUGACGAAAAGGGAAAACCUGUACUCUGAAUCGGCGUGGUACGUGCCGUUCGUCGUCACCCUCGGCAGUUUGCUGCUCCUUGGACUGCUGGGGUACCUGGGGUUCCUGCUGGCGACGUGGGUCUGCACCAGCUGCCCUCCGGCAGGCAGAGUGGACGGCGCGCCUUUGAUAAAUGCUCCAGAAAAGAAGAAACCUAAGAAAGAAGUGGUUGUGACAAUGACAAAGCUAAACACUGUCUUUGAUGGAGAAGCCAGAGACCCAGUCACAGGCAAAAUGUAUGAAUUCAAUACACGGUCAGGAGCCAGGAGGUGGAAAAAGAGCGGUGAGCCCCUUCAGCCAACGCCAGCUGUGCAGGUAACAUCCAGUGCCACUGACGAUGGUGGCCAGGGGACAGACAGAGCAGAGGCACCAAGCAAAAAAGAGCCUUCAGAGAAGAGGAAAGAGCUGAUGACAGAGACACACCCAGCUGCCAAGCCCUGGGCAGGGCAAUCAGAAACAUCAGGACGGGAUGGGCUGAGAUUACAAAAGCAGAAAGAGGAGUCUGAGGACAGGGUGUUGUCCUCACCAGUCCCCCAAGGCAGACACUGACCUCCUGUCCCAUUAAGCCAGCCUUAAAGCAGGGUGUACAAGGCUCCAACCACCCAGUUGACCACUGCUCCAAACAGCCAAAGAAUUCACAGAUGCUGGCAGGUGUGAUUUUCUCUCUAUAUACCCUAGCUGCAAAACAUAAGGUGGCUACCGCUGUGUAAACUGGACCCAAAGGCAGGAUGAAGCCAGACUUACCUUUGGCAGGGGCAGGUGGGAGCAGGGCAGAAGGGAAGGAUGUGAAAGGGGGGGAGAGGAAAUAAAAGCAGAGUCCCGGAUAGAAGCAUCUGCUGCCCACUGGCCCUGGGCUACAGCCACUGGCAGUUUCCUCCUGGAAGAGCUCUGUGCCUCCAGACUGGCAUGGCCACGUCCUUGGACCACCCCUUUGGGAAGGGCAGCGUACACAUGGACAUGCUUUCUCACCGGUGAGUGGGGUCUCCUGUCCCUGCUGAGCAGCAGAAUGGGUGAAAAGCACAUUAGGGUUAAAAAGUGUGCUGGUAACAGCUAAAAAUAUUUUCUUUUCAUUCAGUAU